AGACCUGCAGAAAAGCUCCUUUAUAUAGAUACAUAGCUUUUGGAGUUAGUUGUUGCAGCUGCAGAUUGUUAGUUUUGAGAGAGCUUAUCUAUCCAUCAGAGUUGCAUCCCAUAUAUAUCUAUCUAUCUAUACAGCUUAACAAGUAAGCUAAUACAUACACACAUAUAUCCACAGAGAGAGAGAGAGAGAGAGAGAGAGAGAGAGAGAGAGAGAGAGAGAGAGAGAGAGAUGAGUAGUUCUAGUAAUAGUAAUAGUAAUAGUAAUAGUGCAGCAGCAGGGUCUCCACACCAAUAUCCCCAAGAAAUUCAACUAAAGCUGUAUCAGGCUUUUAUAUUUUCAAUUCCAAUUUUGUUCUCUAUAAUUCUUUUUCUUUUGUUCUAUUUGUUCUACCUCAAGAGAAGAUCAUCAUCAUCAUCACCCUCCCUUCUUCCACGCACUUCUAUCAACAACUACCCUACCACCACCACCACCAUCAUCUCAACCAAUAAUAGUGAUGCGGAAUAUAUGAAAACUGAGCAGAAGAACAAGCUUUGCACAGUUUUGUUCGAUGAGUACAUGAAAACAAGGGAUUCCUCGUGCUGUGUGUGCUUGGGAGAAUUCGAGGUGAAAGAAGAGUUGCUUCAAGUAGGAACAUGCAACCAUAUAUUCCACAUCGACUGCAUUCGACACUGGCUACAUAACAAUUCUACUUGUCCACUCUGUAGAUCCCCUGUUUUUCUCUCUCCUAACUUCUUCACCUCCAAAUCCCAACACCAUCUCUCUCCUAAUUCUAAUUUGCUGCACCACACACUCACUACUACUCUUAUUAUUACAAAUACAAGUACAACACCCUCCUCUCAGGCCUCAUCAACUGCUGCUACUGCCGGAACCACCACCACCAUUUGUUAAAGAUUAUUAUCUCUACUCAUUCAUCUAUCAUGUACUUCACUACUUGUAAUGAAAUGCAUCACUUUUUUUUAGCUAAAAAGAGAGAAAAUGAGAGAUAUGCACCUUUUGUUUUCUUUUGUUACCAUAUAUCUCCAUCGUUUUUAGUUUCAUUCUUUGCAAAUUUAAUCCCAGCGCCUCCUGUAAUUGCUCCCUAAUUCUUCAUUUAACCAUCUUACUUACCCAACACAGGUCUUACAAUAUCAUACUUUUACUGUGUU